CGGAGCUGGGAAAAGUUCCUGAGCCGUCUUGCACAGUCGUUGCAUUUGUCUUUACAUGUCAGACUACAGCGUUUUUUUUUUAGGUUGACAUCACAUGCAAGACCUAAGCCACCUUCCGGCUUUGCACACACAGAAACUCCAUGACUGAUUUGUGUAUUUUGUGGAGAUAAGCUCUCUGUGGUGUCUUGGCUUUUUAAUCCAACAAGAAGUGAAAUAACAAGUCUAGAUAGCGGAAAUAUAGAUGACAUUUUAAACAAUGCAGAUGUUGCUUUAGUUAAUUUUUAUGCUGAUUGGUGCCGCUUCAGCCAAAUGCUGCAUCCUAUUUUUGAGGAAGCUUCUAACGUAAUUAAGGAAGAAUAUCCAGAUAAGAAUCAAGUGGUGUUUGCUAGAGUAGACUGUGAUCAGCAUUCGGACAUAGCUCAGAGAUACAGGAUAAGCAAAUAUCCAACUCUGAAACUCUUCCGGAAUGGAAUGAUGAUGAAGAGAGAAUACAGGGGCCAGAGAUCUGUGACAGCAAUAGCAGAUUAUAUCAGGCAGCAGAAGAGUAACCCUAUUCGGGAGGUCCAGGACUUGGAAGAAAUUAGUUCUCUUGAUCGCAGCAGAAGAAAUAUUGUUGGAUACUUUGAGCAAAAGGACUCUGACAAUUACAGAACCUUUGAAAGAGUAGCGAAUAUUUUGCAUGAUGAUUGUGUAUUCCUGUCUGCCUUUGGGGCUAUUUCAAAAGCAGAGAGAUUUAGCGGAGACAAUGUAAUCUACAAGCCACCAGGGGAAAAUGCUCCAGAUAUGGUAUAUUUAGGCUCGCUAACCAAUUUUGAUUUGAUUUAUGCAUGGACACAAGAUAAAUGUGUACCGCUAGUUCGAGAAAUUACAUUUGAAAAUGGGGAGGAACUGACAGAAGAAGGCCUUCCUUUUCUCAUACUUUUCCACAUGAAAGAUGACUUGGAGAGUUUAGAGAAAUUCCAACAGGAGGUUGCACGGCAGUUAAUAAGUGAAAAAGGUACAAUAAACUUCCUCCAUGCUGACUGUGAUAAAUUCAGGCACCCACUCCUCCAUAUUCAGAAGACUCCAGCAGACUGCCCUGUUAUUGCCAUUGAUAGCUUUAGGCACAUGUAUGUGUUUCCAGACUUCAGUGACUUGUCAGUUCCAGGUAAACUGAAGCAAUUUGUACUAGACUUGCAUUCUGGAAAAUUGCAUAGAGAGUUUCAUCAUGGCCCUGAUCCAACUGAUGUAGCACCUGGUCAGCCAAUUCAGGAUUUAGCAAGCAGCCCACCAGAGAGCUCAUUCCAGAAACUGGCACCCAGUGAACAUAGGUACACCUUAUUGAGGGAAAAAGAUGAACUUUAAAAACUUGAAAUACUCUUGCAAGCCUUUCAGACAGCAGCAUUGACUUCUGUGUGGUGGAAAUAGUAAACCUAUAUUUUCAUAAUUCUAUGUGUAUUUUUAUUUUGAAUAAACUGAAAAAUAAUUUUUUUUCUCCCCAGGCUUGUAAAUACAUUUGUUUGGUGGGUCAUUCUGUACAGCAUCUUUCCAACGUACGUUCCUAAUGCUAUAGUAAAAUAUCAGAGACCCAUCCAGACUCUUGAGCUAACUCUGUUCUGUAAAACUUUUAUAAUCCAAAUGAAGGUAUCCUUGCCAGAGACAUGCUGUUAACUUGCACUAUCCCAUUAAAUAGGACUUUUGGGUUGUUUUCUGUGUAACCUUGGUAGUAUGUGCUUUUUCUUCUUCUUCAUGUGAACAGCUAUCCUGGUCAUCUAUUUCUUUGUCACAUUUUUCUUCAACUUAAGAGGGUCUUCUAUUCUGGAUACUUGGGAGGGGAAUAAAUUAAAGUUUUACAGAAUCUCGUGUGGCGCUUUACUGGGUGUAAAUGUCGAAGCGAUUAAACAAUUCUGGCUAUUAAAAUACCAAGCGAGGAAAGGAAAAGUUUUAACGAUAAUGGUUGUACUUUGAAUGAAAGGGCUGUAUUGACCAGGUCUGAUUUCCUUGAAUUAUUGUUAUAUGAUCCACAUGGUUGUGUUAAAGGAACAUGAAUGUUGGAAACCCUUCAAAGCAGGAGAGGAGUAAGGGUGGACUGACAUCUUAGCUUUGUCAGUCUUAAAUUAUUCUCUGUAUGCAUGUGUUACAAUUAGUCUUUUUUUUUUUUCCCUUCCUUUUUUCUGUGGGUCCCUGCCUUCCUGGCAGGUGCUUACUUUCCAAACAACCAUUGCAAAUUUUCUUUUCCUCUUUUUCCCUGGCUUGUGCCUUAUUUAUUGCAUAUUAUUUGAAUUCUGUUCUGAAGAAUGAAUUACCACUUUCCUUGUGGGC